AUGACGACAACCAACGUAGAAAGCCACUUCGAGUUCACGAUUGAUAAUGUGGAUACGCUGAAAGAUCCCGUAUAUACUCCGCCAUUCGCAACUGAUUAUGACUUAUUCUGGCAGUUGAAAUUCACCAAGACAUUUCCUGAAAAUUCAGACUAUUCUGCUCUCUUUCUUUACGCUAUUCCGACGUCAGAAGAGAAGAAGACGUAUGGAAACUGGGUUAGAAGAAGAGAUUAUACUGCCAUAAUCUCUAUCAAAGAUACUGAAAAUAAUGCUUAUCUCGGGUGGUUUAAGCCGCGUACCGACCGAUUCUCGUUACGUUGGAAAGGGCAAGGUACAAAACGAAUAUGUCGCGUUGAUGCACUUCCUGAAAAAAUAACAAUCUGCGUCCAUUUCGAUCGCACAUCACUGCAGUCUACGUUCCACAGUGAUCCCCUUCCUCCGGAACCGUAUCCAGAGGAACUAGCUCUUGCAUUGGGAAGACAGUUGGAGAUUGCACAGCGGAGCAGAUGCAAUAAAGAGAACAAUUUACAAGAAGCAGCAGAUGUCAAGUUUGUUAUCGGAGAUGAAGAUAUUUUUGCACAUAGUUGGAUUUUGGAAGAGAGAUCAGAAUAUUUCAGAGGAUUGUUUCGAGGACGGUGGAUUGAGACUACACGUAAAAAUGAUUAUAAGAAUGAUAAAAACGAAAGUGAGGACGAAAGCGUAGAACAAAGCAUGGAUGACGACCGUGAACAUAGAACGAAUAAUGGCAUCAAUACCAGCACUGAUGAUAAGGAUCACUUAACAAAAUACACUAUUCACGUCCCAGACUUUCAUCCAACAACUUUUUAUGCUUUCGUCCAAUUUCUCUAUACCAAUACUAUCCAUUUUGCCGAAGAUGACUCAACUCCUACCACUCCAUACGAUAUGCUUCUCAUAUCUGACAAGUACCUUGUCACUUCCCUCCGUGAUAUAGCAAAGAUGCAACUAAUUGAGAAUCUCACUCCUUAUAAUGUUAUGGAAAUUUUGCUUAAAAAGGUCAGAAGUUACGAAGAUAUCAAAAGAGAAGUCAUGGUCUAUGUGAAAGAUAAUAUAGCAGAAAUUGAGAAGACAAGUGUUUGGAAAAAUAUAAUACAAAUGUACGAAAAGAAAAACAAAAAUGAAAGUGGGGCCGAAGCUGAAGAAAUUGAAAAUGGGGAAGAAAGCGAAGAUUUUACGAGAGCCGAAGAUACUAGUGAUUAUGUAGAAACCAUGAAUGAACUUGUACAGUUUUUGCGGUCACAGAAUAUUCAGCUUUCUCACGACAAAUCCUGA